AGGCUCAAAUUGAAAUAGAUCGAUCAGUAAAUAGAUCGAGCAUUCGGAAAGUACGAGAAGGGACACGGAGAAGCCGUGUAUUUGCGUCUUGUAAGUCGAGCGUCGUUGAUCGAGUCUUCUGGCAAAGCUCUUUGUGACACCGUUUCGGUGGACUGCUCAAGCCGGGCCGUUGCCCGGGCGCGUUUCCUUGCUUUCCGUUCCGUUCCGUUCCGUUAACUUGCGCGUUUCGUUGCUUUACACUGGACGAACGAAAGCUUCAUUUCUUUCUUCGCUUUGCUCUCGCAACUUCAGUCGUCUUUGAAUUCAGUGAUCAACGUAUUCUUGUCAGUGUGCUCUCUCUCGCUUGCACUAUUUAUCUUUUAUUUCUGAUGUAGAGCAGCAUGGCGAUUAACAUUAAAUUUACAAAAUUCGAUAACACGGCAUGGGGCUUUCGACUAGCGGGUGGGAGCGAUUUUCCCCAGCCAUUGACUGUCAUCAAAGUUAACGAAGAGAGUCUUGCAGAAUGUAUGGGCAUAAAAGUAGGCGAUGUUGUCGUAAGAUUAAACGAUCAACCGAUCAGCGGUUUGACGCAUGGACAAGCACACGAGGCUCUCAAACUGGCAGGCAACAAUUUCGUUCUUGGUGUACAAAGAGAGGGAGAAGGUUCGCGUAAGGCUCUUGAAGGUAUAUCGGACGAGAACAUUGUCCCGUAUAAUAUUCCGCUAGCAGAUUUGCCGCCAGUUUUCCCGGAGAGAAUAUUAUCGGAAGAAACGGUAUUAGAGCAACGUGAAAUACCGAUUGAACGUUUACCAACACCGGAGAAGGUUGAGGAAUUGCCUGACAAGCCGAAAGACGCCAAUAGCGAGAUUAUACCUAAUCAAAAUCUCACUGACGAGGAGAUCGCGCAGUUGAUUCUCGAGGAGGAAGAAUUGCUUCCUGACAAGGGUGUUUUAGGGGUAAAUUUCAAGAAGUUGAGGCCACGUGCGACAGCUUUGAGAGAUUCUAAGGUCUUGGAGGAGCUUCAAAACAUCGCCACAGCUCCACCACCGGACAUAGAGGAACGUCAUCACGUUUCAACCUUUUUACAGAAGCCGAAUCGACCAAUACCAAAGGCUAAACCUCGCGAACCAGACGAGGGAGAACCGUACAGAGUAGUUAUAAAGAAGCAGUCGAAGAAAAGCGUGAUAGCACGCUUGGUGGAGAAGGGUCUGAUACCACCUGGAAGCCUCGACACGCCUGAACCAACUUCCGAGGUAAACAUGUACGCCCUCGAGAAGUCUAACGAAGAGUCUAAUGAAAUUGGGAGAGCCCUCUCUCACGAGGACAAGAUUGAUCUCCUUAAAACUCCUCUACCGUGUUCGAUCCAAUUUAACGACUCCCCAGACAUCGAAGAGGACACUACUCUCGAUCUCGUAUCCAUUAAAAUUUCUGCUACUAAUCCUCGUCCUCCCACGUGUCUUCCUUCUCUAACCAUACGACGAUCAGUGAUCCAACCGAAACGUUUUUACACGAGAGCUCGUUACUUCGAGAGAUCCCUUCUCGGAUAUCCUAAGAAUUCCGACAGAAUCACUUUAGCCUAUCUUCUCGAACUCAUUCUGGGAAAAUCUUCUCCCAACGGGACGUUCGGAAUAAUAAGAAGAAAGGGUCGUUACAUCGAGACCUAUCUCGAACGAGAGGACACCUGGUUCAAAUCGAUAUUCAAGCUUUUCUUUGCCAAGAGAAACGAUAUUACCAAGGGAAGAAGAAGAAGAUUCGGUAAGCCACGAUACGCCGAACGACUCCUGGCCAAUUCUCUUCGAGGAGAAUUCCUUGAGAAAAGGAAGACCACUACGGGGAUGCAAAAACGGCGCAGGCUCUGUCCUAGAGCGAGAUAUUUCGAGCGCGUCCUUGCAAAAGACGUACAAAAAUUGAUCGAACUUAUCAAGGAAAUUUCUAUUCCCGUAGAUUUAGGAAGAUUUUCCAUUGGCAGGGAGAAGAAAGAUGGCAAAGUGAGUGGUGGUAGGCGACGCUCGAGUUUGAUUAAACUCAAGGGUCGAUACUUGGAGCGUUGUUUAGCUUCGACGUUAACAGGUCUUGUCGAAUCAACGAGACGUCGAUCGUCGGACGGACAACUCGAUUUCUCAACGAAGGUUUCUCGUUCAAGAAGAUGUUCGUACGAUCGGGCGCACUACGGAGAACGUGCGAUCAUACGUAAUCUCGAGAUUCUCGGGAACCUGGCCGAGAAGGCGACCUCGAAGAUCCUUGGUUGGCGUGAAGGUCGGCCAACGAACGGCGACCUUGAUGCAUCUCUAUCGAAUUCGAUCUCAUACGAUUGCGAACCGGCAAACGAUGAGGACGUGCUCCUUGAGAACGAAGAGGAAAGAGGAGGCUUUUCCAAGUUCUUACGAUCCACCGGCGAGUUCGUCUCCGCCGAAGUGUUUCAUCGUGGUGCCAGGAGACUAUCGAGAUCGUCCAAGGUCGUCAAGGUCGACUCCCCCAUGGAAUCCACCGGCUGGCUCGGUUCACUCGCUCGACUCUGUGGCCUUGACAAUGGCGUUCGUUUCUCCGAUGAUAGCUCCAAGACGUGCGACCAAAAGAUUCUUGAUCGUCAAAACGAUUACGAAGCUCGUCGAAGGUUGUCAUUCGUGCCUACCGUACUUUACAAGGGCCUGACCAAUCACAUCGGCGUCGAUUUUACCAAACUCGUAGCCUACACUUUCAUUCCCUGUGCGUCCGUCGUUUUGUUGUACAUGUAUAAGUAGACGAUCUAUUAGAAAAAUCUACUUUAAUUUUCAUUUCAAUGUGUCUUAGGGCGAAACAUAAAAUCGGACUGUUUUAUGUUUUAAUUUGAAAAUAUAUUUUCGAUAUUUAUGUUUUCGCACAUUCAUUCAUCGACGAUCGGAACAAGAUACUUGUCAUUAGAAUUCCUAUAAAUGCAUUUUAAUCGACACCUUUGCAUUUCGCUUUUCGAAACUUUAUUUAGAUUAGGAUUUAAGAGUUGUCCUUUUUCUCAGAAUAAAUGAACGAAAAAAAAUAAUCGUAAAAGUAGGAGGAGUGUAAAACAGUAGUACGUAUCAAUGUAUCUCGAAACGUGCGUUUAUGUUUCCCUUAACCCCGUAUAAUGAAAUAUAUCAAUUUCAAAUAAAUCAUCGUCUUCCCAGUUUGAUAAUCUUUAUGUUUUGCAUGUCUCUAUGCGUUUUUCUCGUCGAUGUUACUAAAAAUAUAUACACACAUCUAUACACCGACACAAAUAGAACGCUCAUUGCACAGACCUCACAAAAAAACGCACAUUUCCAGAUGUAAUCCGAUUAGCAUUCGAUCGUUCGAAUUAGAUCGAAUACUAAUUGCCAACUGGAUCAAUUAAUAAAUGAGAUUGUGAGUCGUGUCGUAA